AUUGAUGGACAAUUUGUUAAUGUUUUAUAAGUCAUUGAAAGGGAGGGUUAAUGUAUGGUAACGUCAUAUGUGUUGUAAUGUUGUUUGUAUUACAUAUUUAUUAAUAUUAUAUGACAUUCAAUGCAAUGAUUGUAUAUAUAUAUUGAGCACACAUGACAUGACACACAACACACACAACAAUAACAAUAGUGUUGUAUAUAUUGUUGUAUAACAUUGACUACAAAGCGAUUGAAUGAAUGAGAGUUAUAAUGUCUAACCAUUGCUAAGACGUGUCACUUACUAUCACUAUAAUCACAUCCACUCCACUUACAUCAGGUCCCAUGAAAUAUGAGUUUGGAUACACUUCUGGAGGCCGCCAAGUAUUUGGAUCACAUCCAGAAGUCAGAUUGCAGUGAUGGACAAACUUGGGAUUACUGCGAAAGAAAUGAAUAUAUUGGCAGUGAAGAAGUGAUACUGCCGUCAUCGACAUAUCAUCUAAAAGUGGAUCCAAAUAUACCUAUUAGUGUACAGUUUCAUACCUAUACAUCCAAUGGGUCAUCAAUUGAGACCAUCUCACAGAUGGCUACAUCACGAGCAAUGGCUACCAAUGCUAACAUAAGUACAAAACGAAACGGUCAUCAAAAUGGUGGACAUGUUAUGAAUGAAUCAAACUUAAGGUCAUCAAUGAAUACUUCAAAUGGAGUGAACAAUAAAAUUAAAGACCACUCGGCGUACUCUCGACACCGGGAAAUGCAUAAGACAUUAGAGAAGAACAGACGCGCACAUCUGAGACAAUGCUUUGAAGUACUCAAAGAGGAACUGCCUCUCAAUGAGUACAACGAGAAGAAGAGUUCGCACAUUAAUAUAAUUAGUUGUGCCAUCAGAUACAUCCAGCAUCUCAAGAGAAUCGAGUCGGAACUACACCAACAAACUGAAAGAUUAAUGAGAACCAAACAUAGGUUCCAGAACCAGAUCGCACAACUCAGACAAGACCUGAUGGAUGGCCACCAAUCAGGCUUUACUCACAACAAUCUAUUCCUAAGCGAUAAUUAUCUUGAUUUUGAGCCACAAGUAGAGGAACAAAGUGAUGAAGAAGUGAUAAUAGAGUUUGAGACGGGAGAAGACUGUUAUGACGACGAGACUACAACUACAGCAUCAGAAUGUGCCGAUGACUUGAGAGAACCCGAUAGUCCAUCCAAAAUAAGCCGACCGCUGGCCAACCCUUUAAUAUACAAAUGUCACGCUUGACUCACACUAUUGAUUCAAUUGAUUGGCCAAUUAGUGUCAUUUUGGACACAAUGCCACUCAACUCAAUGUAUUAUUUGGUGGAUUUUAAGUGAUACAUAAAUUAUAUGUUAUACCUG